AUGGCCGAAUCCGGCCAGCCCGAUGGCGCUAGCAAAACAAAUUCGAACUUGCCCAAGAUCGUGUCCAUGUUCGAAUAUCUUCCAUCGCCCAUUCUCGAGACGUUUCGGCGCGAAGGACGAAUCAACUUGAUAAGUGCUCCGCCCGGACUCAGCUUUGCCGAGCUGAACGAGUGGUUGCUUAGACAACUGCCUGGUGCAGAUGCGGCGAUAGUCUGGCCGGUAGCAGGACAGUUUGGUGUCGACCAAAUCAAUGCGGCCAGCGAACGGCUCAAGGUGGUUUCGACCUACAGCGUGGGCACCGAGGCGGUGGAUCGAGUCGCCUGUCGCAAAGCAGGCAUUACAGUCGGCUACACGCCGUAUAUUGGGGACGACUCGAUCGCGGAAUACACCAUUGCCAUGCUGCUACACUUCUGCCGUCGCAUCGACUACUUGCAAAGCAUCGUGAUGAACGGCCAAUUCGCAGCGUCGCUGAGAGACGUACUAUGUAAUCCGACCAUGCAUUGUGGAGUCAGUCCCGCUGGGAAAACGGUUGGGUUCUAUGGGUUUGGCAGGAUUGCUCAAAAGGCAGCGGAGAAGUUGCUCGCGUUUGGCGUCGCUAGGAUCGCAUAUACGACGUCCACCGCCAAGCCAUUCUCGGCUGAAACGUUUCCACGCCUCCAUGCUUUACGCCAGACCUUCUACCCCAACACCCUCAUCGUCAACGAGCCUGAAUUGCAUGCGUUGGCAGCUCAGUCUGAUAUCUUGAUCGUACUCUGCCCAGGCAACGCUUCCACCAAUGCCACCAUCAACUCGAGCGUCUUUGACAAGAUGAAAUCCACCGCCGUCUUGAUCAACGUCGCCAGAGGAACAGUGGUCGUCAAUAAUGAUUUGGAAACAGCUUUACGGCAGAGCAAGAUUGCCGCUGCGCUCUUGGACGUGGUUCAUGGCGAGCCCGAUGUCGACGCUAAGCAUCCCUUGUUGGCCGAGGAUCUGAGAGAUCGUGUCAUGAUUCUACCUCAUGCUGCGUCAACUGUAGUCGAGACAAGAAGGUUGAUGGCUGACGUGACGGCAAGGAACAUUCUCACUUCGCUCGGAUUUCGUGACGAGCUGCUUGGCGAUAAACCAGACUUACUUGAACGACAGGCUUGGACACACUUUGCGCAAUAG